UUACCUACUGUUAAAAUAGUGGUUGUUUUUUUGGUUUCACAAUUGAAUUUCUUGAAUUAAUUUUAAUUAAGAUCUUUACUAAGAUGCCCACUGAAAUAACUUAUUUAAGCCCUCGGGAAUCGGGUGAAUAUAUAGUCAAAAAUGCAAAGUACUUGCGUGUUUUACCAGAAGGCAUUAAAAAAUUGGGCGAGGAAAUUUUGGCGGCAAUUCAGGAUAAAAAACUGGAUGUCACAAACUUUUCGCAGCACGAACUACAUCCUCAACCGGGAAAGGAUUCUAAUGAAGAUCCCAAGUAUGGAGAAGCAGCCGAUUGGAUUUUUGUAGUAGAUACUUUAAACUUUUGCUUCUGGACCCCAGAUAACUACACCAAGUACAAAGUGGAUGGUUAUACCGGUUACUUUGCUCUGUGUGCCGCUAUCAAGCGAGCUGUAGAUGAGGGCAUCGACAUCAUUAGCCCAAAAUACUACUCUCAAGUGGAUGCAAAAACACUUGAUCAUAUAUUCCGAUCGGAUGAUGGCGAGACCAAGAUUCCCCUGUUCCAACAGCGACUCGACAGUCUUCAUGAAGUGGGAAAAGUCUUGCUUGACAAAUAUGAAGGACGUUUUGAAAACGUAAUUAAAGCUGCAAAAAGCUCAGCUGUAAGCCUCCUACAAUUAGUAGUCCAAGAGUUUCCCUGCUUCAGGGAUCAAGCUGAAUAUGCCGGUAAACACGUUUCUAUAUUGAAACGAGCUCAAAUUUUAGUGGGAGACAUUUGGUGCGGCUAUAAAGGUGAAGGAUUGGGCUUUUUUAAUGACAUUGAUAAAAUCACCAUGUUUGCCGAUUACCGUGUACCACAAGUACUGGUUUAUUUCAAGAGUUUGGAAUACUCUGAAGAGCUUUUGGAAGUGCUUAAUAAAGAUACCAUACUGGAGAAUGGUGAUCCUCGUGAGGUGGAAAUACGUGGAGCUUCAAUUUAUAUAAUUGAACAAGUCAGAGAUCAAGUCCUGGGGUUAUUGCAGAAGGAUCAGCACUCCUCUGUUAAUUCUGUCCUUAUUGAUCAAUAUCUUUGGGACUACCGCCGAAAGCAUCAAGAAAAGAUGGCUGAUAUACCUUUCCAUAAGGUACUAAGCAUUUACUAUUAACACAUAAAAGAAAAUAAAGUACAAGUUAUUUGGAAAAGAUGUA